UAAGAUUAUAGUCUGUUUGAAUGGUGAGGAAGGCAUAAAGGGAAAAAAAUCCUCUACGCUUGUGAAUGAACGUAACGCACACAUCCUGUCGCGCACAUGUGGCAUUUUCUGUGUGACAUCUUGGAUCUGUCAUUGCUAAAGGGAGUCUGUUGUUGAGAGGAGUUGACGUCAAGCCUUCUUUUCUGCCCCCAGCAGCAUCACCGGUCCGCUGCACUCCUGAGGAGUCUGCUGCUCUCUUCAGACAUUUCUUGUUCUCUGCCAGCUAUUCCCCCGACUCCAUCUCUGCUCCCAGGUAACCUGUGGGCAUCACUCAGCACGCUCGGAGCCUCAGGGCAGACAGACUGACUGAGGCGCUUUCACGCACCAGCUAUCAUUAGAGGCUCUGCAGGAAAAGAUCAACGCCCUCCAGCUAGUGAAGAAGCCAUGCUUAUCUGGUCCCCUCAUGGCUGUGCCACUAUGACCAUCACCCUCCUCCGGUCCCAGGUUUUUGUUCUUGCCCUGGCUGUGCUUCUCUGCCCUUUGAGUCGAGUGACAGGUCAGGGGGAAAGUAAGACCCAGUCCCCUGCCCAGGUGCUCCAGGACCUGCUGGCCCGCCAUGGAGACAACAGCACCAUCACAGUGCCCCAGCUGCGUGCUUUGCUGGCCCUCCUUAGCCAAGGUCAGGCUGAAGGUGACGGUGACAGCAGCAAUGUGGUGACACCCACAACCAAACCUCCCAAAUCUAACAUCUCCAAGUGCUUGCCUGCAGACACGCUGGCUAUUUACAGCAUCAGCGAGCAGUCCCGUCUUGAUGGGCAGGGCUUGCAGGAGCUGUGUCCCACCAUGCUGCAGCAAUUGGAUGCUGGCACCUGCAGGGCGCAAAAUAAGGAGGAGCUGAGCGGUGACACCUCCCCCAGGCCCACAGACGCUGAAGUAUGGGGUUAUGGAAUCCUGUGUGUGACACUGAUCUCUCUGUGCUCGCUGGUCGGGGCCAGCGUGGUGCCCUUCAUGAAGAAAACCUUUUACAAACGACUGCUGCUCUACUUCAUAGCCCUGGCCAUUGGCACGCUCUACUCCAACGCCCUGUUUCAGCUCAUCCCAGAGGCCUUUGGUUUUGACCCUAUGGUGGAUUUCUAUGUGUCCAAGUCUGCGGUGGUGUUCGGAGGCUUUUACCUCUUCUUCUUCACUGAAAAGGUCCUCAAAGUUCUUCUCAAGCAAAAACAGGGGAGCCACGGUCACAGUCAUUACCCCGGUGCAGAUCGUUACUCGACACCUGAUGGGGAUGUGGAGGAGGGGGAGAAGGAGAAGCUGCAGCAGAACGGAGAAGCCAGCAGCCUGGCUCUGGGCAAGGUGGACGCAGGGGAGGGCGAGCUCAUGCUCAGUCCUGCACAGACACCACAGGACUCCCAGAGCCCAGACAGCGGUGGGCGGUCUGCCACCAGCGGCGGUGGCUGCUACUGGCUGAAGGGAACGUCCUACUCUGACAUCGGCACGCUGGCCUGGAUGAUCACAUUGAGCGAUGGCCUGCACAACUUCAUUGACGGCUUGGCCAUCGGCGCCUCCUUCACCGCCUCCGUUUUCCAGGGCAUCAGCACCUCCGUGGCUAUCCUGUGUGAGGAAUUUCCCCACGAGCUGGGAGACUUUGUGAUCCUGCUGAACGCUGGCAUGAGCAUACAGCAGGCCCUGUUCUUUAACUUCCUGUCAGCUUGUUGCUGUUACCUGGGCAUGGGCUUUGGCAUCCUGGCUGGCAAUAGCUUCUCCCCAAACUGGAUCUUUGCCCUGGCAGGGGGAAUGUUCCUCUACAUCGCUCUGGCAGACAUGUUUCCAGAGAUGAACGAGGUAAGUCGUGAGCAAGAGGACGCGGGCGGCAGCAGCUUCCUCCUCACCUUUGCCAUCCAGAACGCCGGCCUGCUGACGGGCUUCUCCAUCAUGCUCCUUCUCACCACCUACUCUGGACAGAUACAGCUGGGCUAGCACCGGACCCCCCAGACCAACACCCAGCCCUACACCCAGCCCUGACCAGUGCGAAAUGAAACUGAGAUGUUACCUGGUUUGUGCUGGUGUGAACUGACCCCAAGAGGAGAAAUUCUUUCAUUUUUCGCUUUAUCUAACGUCACUUUUCAGGACCCUGGAGUUUGGGGAGUUUGGCUGCUGUGCGGCAGGUACGCACACCACUCUCAAAAAUAUGCGAGAGGCCGUUCGUUCGCAGUUCCCAGAUGCAGUAGAUCCCAGUAAGAGGGGAUGGCAGCCUUUCCUGACAGCUUCUCCCUCUAACAGUCUAGAAAUAUCAACUGAAGAAGUGUUCAGCCGACAGAGACAAAGUAAAGACGUGCGACUCAAUCGCUGAACGUGAACUGAAGUGCAAUACUCACUUACUCUUCAAACUCUUGACUACUGAUCAGCCAUUUUUGCUCCUGCUCUUAUUUUUUUUCCUCUUUCGGAUGUCGUUGAGCUUCAACUGUAAAGAUUUAGUAGAUACAGAGUAUUUAUAUUACUCAUCCUCUAUGCCCACAACACUUCCUCAGGAGGUGGGAAAAGCACAAUCAGGUAACAGCAGCUGUAUUAUUGACAUCCUUUAGUCUUUGUCUCCUCAGACUUUAACAACCCUCCCCCCCUUCAGUCCCCCUCUCCAUACCAAAAACAAAUCGGACCUGAACUGGAAUUUUAAUCAGGAGUCAACAUCAAACUGACUUACAGCUGGACUUUGUUGUUUGUGUGUUGAUGUUAUAUUUUUUUAUACAUGAUAAACAAGAAAAAUGAUCAGACUUGAUCAGACCAAAUAUGGGCCGACCGUUGAGAACGGUGAAGGGCUACACGGUGGCGUUUGGAAGGGGCACACUUAUAUUCUCCUCAGUUUGGACUCUUGUCUACAACCUCAGCAUGCAGUUAGAAAUUCCUCAUGAUGCCUGGGUCAGAUAUGUAAAGCGACAUGAAGUCCAGAGUUUGAUAUCAGUGGCUUUAUCCAGAUCAGACGCAACGACAUUCAGUGUCCAGCAGCUUUUCUCCACAUAGUUUACCAUCUGUGCCCUUCAUUAAUAUAGUGUUGAGUAUUUUUUUUACUCCUUGAACUAAAAGUGCAGAUCGCUGGUCUUCACACAUCCCAUAGACUAUUUUUAUUAUUUUAUAUUCUUUUACUGUAUUGUAAUAGUCUGCAGAGAAUACUGUAAGGGGAACCAUAUGAACAUGCACGCUAUGACCUUAACCAUAUUAAUCACACGUAAUAAGCCCCACUUUAUUCCCCUCGAAUGUUCUUAUUAUUUUUGAGUCACUUGGUUAAGCAGAGGAUCAUUUCUUGUAAUAACACCACUGUUCUGAAGGUCUUUCAAGAAUCCUCAAAGGCUCUUCUAACCAUAUGGAUGAGAAAUAUUCUGACUGAUGCAAAA